CUGCGGUCCCACUGAUAGUGAGAACGAAGUGCGUUAUUUCAUUUUUAUACCAUUUAAUUUAAUUAGAAAUAUAAGAAAAUCAACAAUAUGCGUGAGUGAAAUUGUGUGAAUUCAAAAACCAAAACGGGUUAAAUGGCCGCUCUGCUUCGUAAAUGGCUUAAAACUGACGCGAACUAAUACUGCCAACAAGCAACAACAACCAGAAGCAGAAAGCAAGGAAACAAGCAACAACAACACCUACCCUACACCAGCAGCAACAACAACGCAAUUGUGAUAGACAAAGAAAUAGAUUAACAGAGAACGAAGGGGCCCACAAAACGCAAACAACCCAAUCACUGUGGGACGGGGGAAAAUGGGAAAUAUAUUUUUGCAUAAAUAACAUAUUAAUGAAGAAAAACUGAGAAAUAAAAUCAAGAAAACGGUUUUACACACUUAUGUAUUUGAUACGAUACGCAACGAAAAUAGCUUUAAAGUAAUAAGUAAAAAGAAGCAGCAGCGGAAAAUAGCAAAGCAAACGGAAAAUAAAACAAUACAAUACUCGUGCUGAAAGAGAAGAAGCGAAGCAGAAGAGAAGGCAAAACCAAAGCAAAAAGCAAGAAGAAGAGGCUUGUUGUGUUGUUGUUGACUCGACUUUGGCGUCGACGCGCAGAGCAGGCCACAAAUAAAAACACACAACACAGGCACGGCACGGCCACAGCUGAUGUAAAAUAAUUUUCAGCGCUUGUGUGUUUGUGCUCGUUUACAAUUGAUUAAAACCAAAACACACAAACACACACACACAUACAAGUAGCACACACGGGCGCGCCAUUGUGAGAAUUGAUCAAAGAUUACAAGUAUAGCCGCCAGGUGGCAGCACCAGACAUCGCUGCCACACACACAAACGCAAAAAACUACAAGCACACACACGUACAGAUGAAGGAACAAAACCAACACUAUUGAAGCACUGCCAAAACAGAAGUGUAACGAGCAGAGAGAAGGCAACAGCGGUGGAGCUUACCAAGGGGGGAUAGACCGAGAGAGCGAGAGAGAGGAGAUAGAAAAACAGCUCCAUGAUGCUGUACGUAUUCCAUGUGGACGUCGGUCGCAUGCUGAGUUUCGACAUGAACGUGGCUCUGCAAUCCGUGGAGAACCUAAAGGAGACAAUACAGAAACUGCACGGCAUUCCCGCCGUUAAGAUUGUCCUGCUGGAGAGCGGGGGCGAGAUGCUGACACACUCCACGCAGGUGUCGUGCUACUCGGCUGGCACCGACACCAAUCCCAUUUACAUGUUUCUCACAAGCGACGAGCGGCUGGCUCCGACGAUACAGAACAGUGACGCCGACGCAGAACUCCGGCGCCAGGUGGAUGAGAGUCGAACCCUUCCACCGAGCCUUGAGGCAGUGCGUCAGCGGGCCCAGCUGGCACAGCAUAUGCGCGAGCUGGCGCGCAAGGAGGAGGCUCUGUGCGAGCGACUAGUGCACGAGCAGCACCUGCAGCAGCAGGGCUGGUCGGCGGUGGUGGCCAACAUGGAGGAUCUGACCAACGAGUUCCGUGAGCGCUUCCACAACUUCUGUCUGGCCUUCGAUCGGCACUUGCAGAAGCGGGACAGCUACCUGGAGCUGUUGAGGAACUUCUCCGAUGAUCUCAAGCAGCUUGCCAGGAUUCCCAUACUGCCUGGCCUCAUGGCUCUCGCCGAGGCCGAUUUCCAUGGCUUUGACGAGCUGCUGGACAACGAUGAUGUGUUUGUCCAGCAGCAGAAACAGCAGGAGCAGCAGCAGCAGGGUGCUCUGAACGAGUCCUCGCAAGCAGACUCGCCCAACAAGAAGCUCAAGAUGGGUGACGAGAAGGAGGGCACCGGUGAGGAAGGAUCAGAUCAGGCCGUGACCGAGGGGGACCAGCAGGCGGCGACCAGAGUGUCUCAGACCUCCACGACCUCCAGCUCGCUGGCGCGCCGCCACAAUCUGAAUCUGCUGCAGUGGAUCAGCUCCAAGGGCAACCACAGUGCGCUGCAGCUGAUGUCGGACGAGUGCAUCCAGGGCCUAGACAUUUUCAGUGCAGACAUAUACGAGAAGCUCAAGGAGGAGGUGCAGCACAUCAUCAAAAUGGCCAACCAGGGCGACGUCAAGGAGAUAAAGGGACUCAGCGAUCGCCUGUGCCGGCUGGAAGAGUUCAAGUUUAAGAUUAAGAAGAUGGUGCAGGAGCAGAAGGAGCAGGCGCUGGCCCUCCAGCAAAACGAGGCGCGUGCUCUGAAUCUGCGCGACAAUUCUGUGCUGCCCGACCUGUGCCUCUCUCACUGCACGCAGCUGCAGGUGAUGCUGGAGAACCAUAUCAAGAUCCGCGACUUCUGCCGCUGCAUCGCCAACUCCAAGGACGAGCUGGGCAAGAACCUGCACACACGUCUGCGGCGCAUCGUGUGGAUCGAGAAUGGCAUGAGCGAGUUUGACAAUCGCCUGCUCUUCAACCACCGUUGCCUGCGGCGUGCCGAGCGGCACAUCAGCAUCAUCGAGCAGAUCCACCGAGCCCCCUGCACCUAUGUGGCGGCGGUGGCUGAGGUGGUGCGUCGGAAGAUAUUCUCCGACGAGUUCCGCCAGUGGGCCACGCGGCUCUCGGUCGACUUUGAUCGCAUCCACAGCGAGGAGUUGCGUCGCAGGCGGGAGUUCAACGCCAGAUUCGACGGCCACUUUUUGAACAUCCUCUUUCCCGGCAUGGGCGACAUGCCGCCCGCCUUUGCCAACGAGCAUCCCCUCAGCUUCGACACGCGUCUCCCGCCGCUCAACAGAUCGGACAUUGAACUGCUCUCCUCGCAGCUGCCCGAGCUGUCCGCCCAGCUCCAGCUGCCAAAUAUGAGGCCGGUGAUAGAGUUCUUUGUGCAUCGAUCUGGUGUCGCCAGGGAACAGGAACAGGAGCACGAGCAGGAGCAGGAGGAGUCCGAGCAGGAGCCACCUCUGUUGGCUCCGCGACUGGCUGAGCUGCAAGCAGCUGGAGUUGGCACUUCGGCCACUUCCGACUGCGAAACGGACACAGAAAGAGAGUUUGAAAAACUGACGACGGCCGUCAAGUCCGUGAGCACGACGACCAGCGGCAUCGUUGGCGAGCAGAUAGCCAGGAGCACGAACACGGAGGAGCUGCUGAUGCUUAGCGCGGGUACACUCACCGAGGAGAAUGGGGCCAGCGUCCAGAGGAUGCGCGGGACCAUCGAGGACAUGUCGAAGCUUGCUCGGGCCUGUCUAGCCGAGGCGCGCUCCAACACAGACACGUUCCGCAGCGAUGCCAAGGGCUACCAGGACGAGUUGCAGUCGGAGCUGCAGCUGCUGCGGGACAAGGUGAACGUGCUGCGCAUGCAGUGCGAGGAGCGCGAGCGGCAGGCCCAGGAGCAGUUGGAGGAGAUGCGCCUCAAGCUGGAGCUUGCGGAGCGAGACAAGCUGGCAGCUGUGGCCCAGGCAAGGGAGCAGCUGAUCCACGAGCACAAAACGGAGCUGGAGUCGCUGCGCUGUCGCUUCAAGCUGAUGACCUCCAUGGAGCGCUCGCCCUCGGACAGCAGUCUCGAGAAGCUGGAGCGUCCCACGAGCAGUGCCAGCGUGGCAAGCGCCACCACCACGGCCACCACCGUGGACGUGGACCAGUUGCUGCACCAGCAGCGACAGGAGCUGUUGGCACAGCACGAGCGAGCAAUCAGCGAGGCUGUUCAGUCGGAGCGCUCCCUGUGGCAGUCGCGCCUGCUCCCACUGAACUCAGAAUCUGUGAUGGCCAACGUGUGCAUACUGAAGGACAUGCUGGCCGAGAAGGAGCGGCAGCUGGAUCAGCUGCGGGAGCAGAACCAGUUCCUCACCCAGGAGACGUACCAGCUGAAGACGCGCCUCGAGAUGAUCACCAACGAGGACGGCAACAGCUGGCUCAAGGAGAAGAUCGACUAUCUGAAUCGGGACAAGUGUCGGCUCGAGGAGGAGCUAAACCAGGAGAAGAGCAAGCGCCUGGAAAUGGAGACAAGUGUGGCGGCCAUGAAAAGCUCCAGCUACGAUCUGCCUUCGAUUGGCGGUACACUGACCCGUUCCAAGUCAACGGGCGGUUCCAGUCAGCGGUCCAUUGCCCUGGAGGGUUGCUCCAGGGGCGAUCUCGUCUUUGUCGUGUGGAGCAUGCGGCAUGCCCAGUUCAUGGUCGUACAGGACUCGCUCACACUCUACUUUGUCCAUGGGGAUAGUUUGGCUGGCCUCCAGUUGGCUCCUCCAAACGCACUCGCCCCGGCUUCGGGCACUGCUGAUGCCUCCGUGGCUGUGCCCGUGCACAUGGCCGCAGCGGAUUUGAAUCAAAUCCCUCUGCCGUACUAUGCCAUUGGGCGGGUUGUGGACAAGGAGUACUGUCAGGCGCGAAAGGAUGACAAUCGGUACCACGUCAGCAGGGGCUCGAAGUUCUAUCGGAUCAAGCUUGCGCCCAUGCCAUCUCGCAAUGCUUCGCGACGGGAGCGUUUGGAAUCAUCGGUGGCUGCAUUGACUCGAGAUGUGAUCGAUGCGCCAAGCGCGUCUGGAAGCAGCGUCUAUCCGGGCUUCAAGCAGCGCACUGUGAGCAUCACGAGCGUGAACGAGGAGGACGACGAGUCCGCUUCGUUGCUCAGCGAGCGCUGUCGCUACAUUAGUGUGAGCGAGGAAGAUGAAUUGCUUGCUGCUGGCGGCACAGCAACAGCAAUGGCAACUGUCCCAACGGCACCAACGGUAGCGGCAGUAGUGGCAGUAGCAGCAGCGGGAGCGGGAGCAGGACCAGGACCAGGAGCAGGAGCAGCAACUCAAGCACAGUCUGUGAUAACAGAGCAGCCAACGGCAUCGAGCAAACUUAAACUGGAUCUACUGUUGGCCUCUGCUGAUAUAAUAACACAACCCCUAACACAACAACCAGAGCAACAGGAUGAGGUGACUGCAGCUCAGGUGGCGCCUGUGGCGGAUCGGAAUCCGAAUGAACCAGCAAGCGGAGUGUCGGAGGAGAGUGCAGAUGCAAAGGAUCCAGAACCCAUUACCAUCUAUGUUCCCCCGGUUCCAGAAGUAACUGCGGCUGUUAGGACGGAGGAGCCAGCAGCACCCGUGCUACCAAUGUCAAUUGGUACGACGGCCAUAAGCGAGGACUCCGACACAGAGUACCGUUCGCUGGAAGGCAGGGAGGACGCUGAGGCAGAUGGCGAUUUUCCCAUUUCCGAAUAGGAUACAAAAAUUGAGAGUUAUAUAUAACUACGUAUAUAUGUAUAAGCAUAUGUAUAUGGCGUGUGUAUCUAGGAUAAAUCUUUUACUCUAUGUAGGAACCGAACCGAAACGUAACUAAAGGAAACCCUAACAGUUAAGCCACAGGGCCACAAAUCCCUCAACACAGAUCCCGACAGACAAAACAACCAACAAAAAACUCCAAUAAAACAGCAACAGCAUCGUGAAAAGUUAUACAUAAACAUACUUAAAUAAUUUAAAGUUUACCAAGUGCAGAAUAUAUGUAUCUAUUCAAAAGAAAAACAAUAACUAUAGCUAAACCGAAAGCGAAAGCGUAAAAUGUUCUAAUGUAGCCCGCGUCUGUCUACAUAAUGUACUAUAAUCUAAAACGAAGACUCCUCUGUAAAUGAGUUCGAAGGGAGCCUCUCUCUCUGCCUCUCUCUCCACCUUUCUUCACAGUCCCACGCCCAUUACAAGCUGCAAUUUUCAUGUUAAAUUAAUGUACGCUAACAAUUACCUUGUAAUCAAAAAUUGUACACAAAUCAAAUAGUUUUUGGUUGAAUGUGAUUCUUUUUUGAUUGUUUAAGUGCCAAGAAAGUUAAUUUACAGUCACAUUACUUAGUUUUGUAGCGAGUAAAUAAUUGAUGCGAUGAUAAAAUGAUAUUUUUGUAUAGAAUUUUUAUAGAACCAGAACCCACACCCACACAGAAAUCACACACACCCUAUACCCUCUCACAUGCUAUAUAUUGGGCUCAGCCCGGAAAAAAAACAAAACACAGUUUUAUGCUCAGCUUUCUCUCCUCCACGCCGCCUUACCCAAAUAGUCUUUACUUUCUUUCCCCGCCCUCUCCAUAUCUAGGGUAUCUUGAUUUUUCGACUUUUUGUAAAUAAUUAAGAUCGGAAAUCGACGAAUAGUUAUUUAUGCCUUUAUUCAUAGCCAGGAAACACUUGAAAAUUACGACAACAAUUUAGGAUAUAAACACUUGAUUGGUUUUUGCGUGAUAAGGCGAUGAUUUUUUAACGCGAAUUGUAAAUAAACACACACAAAAACUAAAUUUAAACUAUAUACAUAAUACUUUAACAAUUUAAAUGAGGAAACGUGUAAGCGAAGGUGUAACAAAAGCGGAUUGCAAAGUUGUCAAGCUU